CAGCUGUUCUAACCUUAACCUAACCUAACUAUCUUGGUGCUUACACGUGUGAAGACGCGCUUGUGAAAAAUGGCAAAAUCGUUGCGAAGUAAAUGGAAAAGGAAAUGCCGAGCGGUCAAGAGAGAACGUUACGCGGCAAAGGAAUUGGACAGAUUAAAAAAGACUCUCGGCAUCGACGAGAAGACAUCCAAAGAUGUGGAAAUGACUAAUCUCGAGGAGAUUGCCAUAGUUGUAGAUGCAAGCAAAGUAAGAAAAGAUAUCAAGACCAAGCGGAGUGCCAUGACCACUGAUGAGGGUCAGAUGGAAGUGGAAGAUGCCAGAGUAUACGAUAAGAAAACAUUACGCGAUCAGUACGGCAAUUAUCCUGUGUGGAUGAAUCAUAGGAAGAUACUCAAGCACAAAAAAGGCAGAGCCAAAACACAAAAGGCUACUAAACAGACGAGCAAAAGACUCACCAGACGUCAGAAAAAAGCAUCAAAGGAUAAGAAAGCAAAGGACUAGAUAAAUUAAACUAGACAGCUUUAAAGCGAAUCAAGUUUCAGAAUAGCAUUAGUACAACUAAAAGAGACAAGUCUAGUAUAAAAAUCUUUUCCAUAAAUUGUACUAUUAGCUUACAUAUUACUUAUUAACUGUUGAGUAUGGUGAAAGUUAUUGCUUAUUUUUUUAUGGAUAAAUGACAAUAAUUCUUGUAGUGUAAGUUAAUGUACCAUGCAUUACUUUCUUUGGAAUCUGAAUGAAUCCAAGAGGAUAUGAUUAAAAACUGCAGAAUCCA